AUGGACGGCAUUGUGCAGACAGAAGCAAGCGACGACGAACAGGAUAUACCCAAUAUCCUUGAGCAUGGCAACCCCGAUUAUCGGAUGAGUCUGAUCAGGCUUCCGCCGACCGCACUUCCACAUAGAUCAAACCCAAUCUCGGCGGGCCUCCAUGUCGCAAAGAAUAAGGCCGAAAAACUGCAGGAUGAUACCAAUACUCAAGAUCCAGCGAACAGUAUUAGCAUAGACCAAGCAACUCGUCAGAGCCCCGACGAAAAAGAGAAGGCAAGCACCGAUAGAUCCGAUCCACGAGAUCUUGCCUGCGGGAAGAGACAUGUUUUCGGAAUGAUACAUCUGGAAAACACCAAAAGAGUUAGCCCAGCCGCAAGUGUUCAUGAAGAUUAA